CUCGUCCUGCAAAGGACAGGCCGCUGCCGCUCCCUCUGUUGCUCUCCGAGCUUCCGCGUGUUUUUAGGAAGGAACCCCUUGGCCGUUAGCCUCGUGUCUCUCUCAACAAGGUGGGCAUGAGGAGGCUAAGCACUCAGAGGCCUCUCCCUUCAGUCCCAGCCUAGGGAUGAACUGGUGAGGUAGGAGAGGGACUCUUCAUGCCCCCGCCUGCCCUGUAAGGCGCCCGGGGAGGAGCUGCAAAGGCGGCCGCUCUGGCUUGCCCUUCUUCCUGUCUGCGAACUUCGUUUCUGUGGGGAGCUCUUCGCCAUGCUGCUGAGAGCCCUGCGGAGGCGCUGGGAGUCCUACAAAUACCGCUUCGUGCCCUGGAUCGCGCUCAAUCUCCGCCACAAGCGCAGGACUCUACGCUUCGUACCAGAAGAAUCUAAAGACAAAACCAUUUCCGACGAAAAUGUCCUUCAGACACUCUUGAAAACCUUUAAAUCUUUGUUUGUAAAUGACAUGGCUAGGCAAAUGCCUCUUCUAAGUUUACUCCCAGAAGUUCGGUCUAAAUAUCUGGAAGUACCGAAUGCCCAGCCUGAGACAUCCACAGCGAUUGGUGACAAUCAGCGGAGCCAGAUUACCUUUCAUGCAGAAGAUGUUCUGUUUAACACAUUAGGAUUCAGCAUUGCUCGAAGGCGCAGUUCACUCGUUUCUGCUGGAACAGGAGUCUUUGUGACCAGAGGGUUUGUUCCAAAAGGGACACUCGUAGCGAUGUACCCUGGUACAGUGUAUGAAAACUAUGAGCCCAUCUUUUUCCAGUCUAUUGGCAAUCCAUUUAUAUUUAGGUGCAUAGAUGGGGUGCUUAUUGAUGGUAAUGACAAAGGCAUAUCAAAAGCUGUGUACCGGUCAUGCAGCAAGAGAGAUCAACUUGGCCCCUUAAAAAUGAAUGAUGUCUCUUGGAUUGUAGCCGCUGCGCAGAAUCCACUGGCUGUAGGACAAUAUGUCAACAACUGCUCAGCAGACAAAGCAGCCAAUGUAUGCUACCAGGAAUUUGAUAUACCCGAAUGUUUUCCUAUAGAAUUUAAACAGUAUCUUCCCAACGUAAGCUACAGCCAUGAAGUACAGAGGCCAUUGAGAGUUGUAGUUUUGGUUGCUCUCAAAGACAUUGGGCCAGGAGAAGAGCUUUUUUCCAACUACUACACCAUUGUCAGCUGA